AUACCCGUCUUUUGAUUUGUGGCGACUUCCUUUUUACCGAAGAGACUCCUCCGGCCGGUGAGUUUUCGGACGCAGAUCAUCAUCAGAUUCUUGUCUCUCUCUGUUAUCUGAGUGAUAAGAAGUAUUUUCAGUGCUUGAGGAUCUGCAAAAGAUAUCCAUCUGCGGUUUAACAAUGGUUCUAUUACAGUUGGAUCCAUUCCUCAAUGAACUCACGAGCAUGUUUGAGAAAAGCAAAGAGAAGGGUUCUGUGUGGGUUACUUUGAAAAGAUCAUCUCUCAAGUCUAAGGUGCAGAAGAGGAAACUGAGCUCAGUUGGAGAAUCCAUUGAAUACAGAUGCCUUAUUCGAGCAACCGAUGGAAAGAAAACUGUUUCUACUUCGGUUGGUGCUAAGGAUCACCAGAGAUUUCAAGCAUCAUAUGCCACCAUUCUUAAGGCCCACAUGACUGCUUUGAAGAAGAGGGAAAGGAAAGACCGGAAGAAAUCGACAGAGGCAGAGAAGAAAGAAAGCACUUCAACCACUAAAUCUAAGAAACUUUGAUUUCUCCUUUUGUGUUUCUCAUUGAUUUGCAAUUGCUGCUUAAGAGUUGAAUUUUGAAAGCUAUUGAAAGAUCUAAAAGAUUUUGACUUGUGUUAUAAUAGAGAUUUUGGUUUGCAUUUGCUUUUCCCUCGAGAAUGUUCAUCGUGUAUAAAUAAACCAAUUCCAUACAAAUGUACGAACAUAAAUCCAAUUCAAAGAAACUGAUUCU